AUGUGCUGCCCAUUUUUUGACCCCGGUCAAGUUGCGCUUGGAACCGCUGCUGAGACUCAAAAUUCCGUAGCCCGCUCCGCUUAUGGCCUUUUUUGGGUUCCAGCAGCGGGGGCUAAACAUAACAAGCCAGCCUUGUUGGAAGGUACUGAGUUUGCAAGAUUUCAAUGCUAUGAUUUACUUGCUAAUUCACCAAAGUGGAGCAAAUACUUAAACAAACAGUUUGACAAAAAGAAAGCUGACAAAUCUACUCCCGGCAAUCCUUCUACCUCUGAACCACCCAUGGGAGCCAAAGCAGCGAAGGCAGCUAAGUCUCAACCACCUACCCAACCUCCUGAGGUAAUUGAACUCACCAGAGCACUCAUCAAAUCCAGCAAAGCAAUGUCCAAAAACACCAAACGGACAUGCCAAGCGAUUGAACUCAUAAGUCAAGACUCAUUCUUAAGAGGUGGUCUAGAAGAUUUUGACCCAGCUACUCAAGACCUGUUUGAACAAAAACAUGCAAAAGUAAUGAGGGAUAUGGAAGCCUCAUUGGCUGAUGAAUAA